AUGGCUAAACAGAAAGAAGAUAUAUCGAUAGCGAUAAGUCCGUCAGGUAGCCAUAUCAACAACCAUCAAACCGACGGCAACGAUGGUAACGACGACAAUCUGGAAAAGCAGUCAACAGUCUCCAGCAUUCAAGCUGGUGUCCAAAGGGCCGACUUACUCCGGAAGAGUUGGACCAAGCAAGGUUUGGUCGUUGUCUUCACAGGGUUGUUUCUGUGCACGCUGGCCAUCAACUUUGCCGAUUAUUCUACCCAAGUUUAUGCUGCGUAUACAACAAGUUCUUUCAAGCAGCACUCUGCCAUGAGUGCUGCUCGAGUUGUUAUGAACAUAGCUCGCAUUUCCGCCUAUCCCAUCAUUGCAAAGCUGGGAGAUGUUUUUGGAAGAGCUGAAAUGUUCAUCUUGUCAAUCUUUCUCUCUGUUCUCGGCUAUGUUAUAUACGCAGCCUGCACAAAUAUCGCCCAGUACAUUGCUGCCGGUAUAUUCGAGGCCAUCGGAUCAACUGGAUUUGCUCUCACCCAGCAAGUGUUUGUGGCGGACAUGACUUCUUUGGUCAACCGUGGCGUAUGGUCAACACUGCCCGACUCUCUAACUACAAUCCCGACUCUUUACCUUGGUACUAUCGUUGCCCAACGUAUCCUUGACCACUCUACAUGGCGAUGGGGAUGGGGUAUGUGGGCAAUUGUGUUGCCCGUGGCAUCACUACCACUAAUCGGUACCAUGCUGUUCUAUCAGCGCCGAACACCCUCCCCGGUGUCUGCUUCCGAGGCAUUGGGCUGGAAGUCCAGUGAUGCAUGGUGGGAAAAAGCCUAUCAGCUGCUUUGGAUUCAGCUUGAUUUACCAGGAGCAGUGCUGCUCGUAGCGGGAUUGUCUCUCAUCUUGAUCCCUUUGUCCUUGACAGGUUCCAACAACAGCCAUGCGUGGACCAAGGGAUCAUUCAUCGCUAUGUUGGUUCUUGGUGUUGUUUUUCUAAUUGUGUUCUUGGUUUGGGAUGCGUGGUUUGCAAAGAAGCCAUUUGUUCCUUACCGCAUGAUCAACAACCGCACAGUCGCAGCCGCAUGUCUGCUUGGAGCGCUAGACUUCUUUCACUACUCUGUUUUCAGUGUCUUUUUCACAAGUUACCUCCAGGUAGCUGGCAAUUUCUCGGCAGGGUCAGCGACCAGAAUCGACAAUUCGCUGCGUGUAUCUUUUCAAGUUACCGGCAUCUUUGCCGCUUUUUUCAUGAAAUAUACUAGGCGUUCUCAAAUCUGGGUGUUGACCGGCGUUCCUCUCUGCGUACUCGGUAUGGGAGUUCUUCUCUACUUGGUGGACAUGGGGAACGGUCGCAGCGGCAACGAGGCAUCCUUUGUGGCAGCCAAAUCACUCAUUGGUGUGGGCCGGGGGUUCUAUCAAACCGCUGCUCAAGUCUCGGUACAAGCAAUGGUUUCGCGACAAGAUGUUUCCGUGGUCACGGCAGUGUUUUUCGCUUCAAUGAGUGUUGGAGGCGCAAUCGGAACAAGUGUCGCUGGCGCGAUAUGGAGAAAUACUCUGCCAAAGAAACUGCAGCAGUAUCUUCCCAGUGAGCUGAAGGGCCAAGCCAAAUCAAUAUUCGGGUCGAUUGUAGUUGCACGGAAGUAUUCCAUGGGAACGGAAGCCCGCGAAGCCAUCAAUCGAAGCUACCGGGAGUCCCAAAGAUUACUUGCGAUUGCUGGCCUGGUCUCACUCUCACUAAUGCUGAUAGUGAUGUGGUUUUUGAAGAAUGUGAAGCUGGAUGAAGCUGGCGGAGCUCAAACACAAGAUCAAGGCCCAACUCCCGUAGCUACGGAGAACGUGGAAGGCGAUAAAAAAGGAACAGAUUGCUCUUGA